UCGUGACCGUUCUGCCGGGAAGUCUGGCGACUGGCAGAGCAGCUGUACUGGGCGACUGCAUGUGGUACGCAGCAAGUACAAGUUAAUUUAAGUUCACUUGUAUUUCUUCCUUACACAGCGCAUUUAAAAUGAACGCCUAAUAGCGAGACAGUGUCAGUCUUUAUCUUUCAUCUCUGAAGAAGAAUUGUUUCGAAAUCUGCAUCAGCGGCUGUAGAAUGCAUUUAAUAUGUUCUUGUCGAUUUUGUGAUUUUUCUCAGUAAAUGCACUUGCCCGCUCCUGUCCGUAACAAUGCGAGCCGUUGCCAUGACAACCGGCAGCCAUGCGCGCGCGGGCCCGCUCCGCGAUAUAUGUGAAGUGCGGCCGGCGGGUCGCAGCAGUUGCCAUGACAGCGGCCUGUGUCAGACCAGGGCUCACCGACUUCAUCUCCCGUAUCAGUGAGGGCGAUGACAGUGAAGAGAUGACCGUCGCCAUGCUGGAGGACAAGCUGAUCCCCCACACGCAGCACCACAUACGCUCCUUCCGCAGGAGGUCCUCCGAAUACCAUAGUCGGAGAGUCACAACGCCGGUGUCGCCCUCUGUGCCGCGACGUCGCUCCUCAUCCAUUGCAGUAGCUCGUCAAGCACCGCUCAUGGUGGAGCACCAGCGGCCCUGGGGCCACAUAUCGCCCAGGUCCGUAUCUCCCCGCGGAGGGCGACAAACUGCCUCGCUAGGUGGCAGCAGCGGCUAUCGGGCUCGGACUGCUUCCAUGCCGGCUGUUCCCCGAAACAGGCCGAUGUUGGGGCAGCUGCGACGCUGUGAGGAGAUGGAUUACCAGCAGGAGGAGUACUACCGCGUCCGAAGUUUCUCAAUCACGCCCAACGGGAUCUUCAAUCUGGGGGACUCGUUCAAGUCUCGGCGUUCCCGUUCCAUUAACUCAGUGAGCUCAACUGGCUCGAGUCACAGUGACGUCAGCCUGCCGCCCAGAGAGCGUCUGCCCAGGUACACUUCUCUCGGGGUAACCAGACAGGUUAUUGUAGCGGCAGUGCCCUACAUUUGUACUCGAGAAAUGUUUCGUUGGAAUUUCAACCCCAACACCGGCUAUCCUGGCAGGUUUCCGUAG